CCAACCGGACGUGCGCCCCUAUCCAGUCUCUACUCGCUCACUGGACCAAAACUGCUAGUCCACCCUUUCGUCUUUUCCUCCGGCGCCCGAAACGGCCGCCGCCUGCUCAACUCCGGCCGGUGCAAUUUCACCGACGGGGAACCGUUUGCUGCAUCCACUGGAGAUGCUCUGACAACGGGUGCACAACUAGCCUCAUAGGGCGAGAGAGGGGUUAGCAACUUAGCAUGUAGACUAGCUAGCUAGGGAUAUAUUGAGAUGGAGGUUGCGGUGGUCGUCGGCCCGAUAGUGAAGCUGCUGCCGAAGCUCCUAUCGGUGAUAGAUGGCAAAAGGAAGCAGCUGGACAACCUGGAGGUGGACGCCGGAUUCAUCCGCCGCGACCUGCAGUCGAUCCAAGAAAUCAUUGGCCGCUCGAGUGGCGGCAGAUCCAUCACGGACCUCUGGGUCCGAGAUCUCAGGCGCCUGGCGGACGACAUGGAAGACUGCAUCGACCGCUUCCAGGUCGGGAAGAUGGGCAGAGUCCGUUUCGUCGGGAAGAUCGGCAGACUGAAGAAGAGGUCAAAGGAGACUCUCGAGCAGCUGCAGAACUCCAUCAGCAUCACCGGAGCCGCCGCACCUCCGGCUCCCGCCGGCGGGGGCAACGAUCAGGAUCCGGAGGGGCAACUACUUGCUCUGCUUCCGCGGAGCCCAUCGGAGGGGAGGCUCAAGGUGAUUUCAGUCGCCGGAUUCGGUGGAGCAGGUAUGACUCGCCUUGCCCACAAGGUUUACAGCAACAGGGAUGUGCGCAGCCAGUUCCCUCUGCACGCCUGGGUUCGUGCAUCCCCGGGCAUGAGUGUGCACAAGCUUCUUCAGAAAAUACAUGACCAACUGCUGCUAAUUAGUAUUGCCAAGAAUCAUGGUGCCACUGCCUCCAGCUCCAAAAUAAUACCACAGGUCAACGGAGAAGCCGAAACUGACCGCGGGCUCAUCGGAUUACUCAAGACCGGAAGGUAUUUGAUUGUGAUUGAUGGUGUGAAUACACAUGAGUUGUACGACGUGCUAUCUGCCUUCUCUUGGGCUGAUGGAGUGGAUUGCAGAAUUAUCAUGACGACGGCCAUUCAGCUGCCAGAAGCGACAUGCUGCAGAUGUGGUAACGGUUCAUCACUUGCUAUGGAUAGCACAAGCCAGGUUUUCAUUGGAGAGCUGACAGAGAGUGGAUUUGUGGAGGCCUGCCUCCAUCUUCGUGAUGACACUAUAGAAAGAAUUCGGCGCGGCAACAACGAGAUCCUAUCCAGUCCUGUUGUCCAGGACUUAUUGCUGUAUUUCUGCAUGUUCCCACGCGACCAUCCUGUCAGGAGGAAUCCCUUGAUAAGGCGAUGGCUGGCUGAAGGACUUGUGUUUCCUCAACCAGAAACAGAGAGUUUUUCCCAGGAUGUUGCAGCCAAGAAUUUGGAGAGCCUCAUCAGCCGCAAUGUCAUCCAGCCCAUUCAAGUGAGGAACUAUGGAAAUGUGAAGAGAUGCCAAACUUUUGGGAUGAUGCUUAACUCCAUUUCCAGCAAAUCCAAGUCACAGAACUUCAUCACCAUGCUGUGUGGUAGCGGCCAGACGACGGAGAGGAAUCCACCGGGCAAAGAGAUUCGCCGGCUUUCGCUCCAUCUUAACGGUGCGGCAAAUGGGCCACUUAAUUUGCCAAAGGAGCUAUCUCGUCUCCAUACUCUGGCAGUAUUCCCUGAUGAUGCAAAUGUCUCCAGGCAUCAAGCUAAUUUGAAUUAUGCCAAAUAUAAGCUACUGCGAGUUUUGGAUCUCAAAGAAUGUGCCGAUGUGAAAGCAGAACAUGUGGGCAAAAUAUGUGACCUGUUGCUUCUCAAAUAUCUGAGCCUCGGGGACAGUAUUGACAAGGUUCCGAGGAAAAUAGUGAAGCUAAAAUGGUUAGAGACUCUCGACAUGAGGAGAACCCAGGUAGUGACGCUGCCAAUUGAAGUCCUCCAGCUCCCCGGGUUGAAACACCUCCUUGGAAAGUUUCAGCUAGUUGAAGGCGACUGCACACAGAAGAAGCUAGAGAAGCUCCUGUCAAAAGAUAUUGAACUGCAUAGGCUUUCCGGAUUUGUCACAGACAAAAGCGAAGGGUUUGCGCAGCUGAUGAGUCGCAUGGGGAAGUUGAGGAAGGUGAAAAUAUGGUGCGAUUCCACCGCAGAUGUGACGAAACUGGUUCAUGUUUUAGGAGCCACAAAGAAAUUCAUUGGCGGAGGCCUGGAUAUGACAAGAGUCGAUCGUUCUUUAUCUAUCGACUUCCAAGGAUGCCCAACAGAAUGCUCAGAACAGUUCAUGGAUUCUCUGAAAGCUACAGGCCGUCUUACCUCGCUCAAAUUGCGAGGCAAGCUGACACAACUCCCUCAGUUCCGUGCAAAGCUGAAUUACAUCGAAGAGUUAUGCCUCUCAAAGACUAGUCUGAGCGGUGACACAAUCCUGAGUAGCCUGUCUGGACUGAAAAUGACACUGAAAUAUUUCAAGCUGGUAGAAGAUAAGCUUGGUCACUUGGUCAUAAAACCAGAGCAUUUCCGAAGCCUGAAGGGGUUAUGCCUCGUGGGCGAGCAAAGUCUAGAGGACAUAUCAAUCCAAGAUGAAGCUAUGCCCUACCUUGUGUCACUUCAUAUACUUUGUGAAGCUCAGGGUGAUCUUCCAGGCAUCGACAUCACACGCAUGGGAAGGCUAAAAGAAGUCGCGCUCCAUUCCGGAGUACAAGAUACGAUAAAGGAUGGAUGGCAAGCAGCUGCAAUGAACCAUCCUAAUAGGCCCAACGUUUUGUUUAUCCAUCAUGCUAACUCCUUGCCUAGAGACUCUCCGCCGUGCGAAGCAACAGGGGAGAUUGUAAAUCGGACCAAACCUAUUGGGAGAAAAUUCACCUCCUCUAUCAUGGGGGGCAUCUUUUCUCGUGCACGGCCAAGAUCCUGACACACUGAAGCAAGUCGCAUUGAUCAUGGUUAGUUUUGUGUCUAUUUCCUCCUGCCUAUCAUUCAGGUUGUACUCUCAGUACAGUUUCCAGGUAUGAUGAUGUUGGUGCACAUUGAUUGUCUACAGAGCAAAGCUUUUGCAUCCAUUCGCUGAUCGAUGAUGUGUGUGCUGCAUGAUGUGACCUCCAUGAGGCGUGGCUUCUCUGCGAGGUGGCUGCAGGCAGUGAGUACAGUGGGAUGAUGCAGCCUCUUCAUGGGUGAUUGAUGAUGUCCUGAUAAGCAAUUUACAAGCGAAUUCCGCUGAUAACGUUUCAUGGCAAAACAGAGUAAAUACAGCGCAAAGUUUUGAAAUCAUUCUCUGAUCCGUGGAGCUUUCGGUUGGAUGCAUGGUCCAACUUUAUGCUGUUCUAUGAUGUCUCCUCCAAUUAAAAAUGCACUCUUCUUCUCACGGCGUGAUUACAAAGGGAACGUCAUAGGCAAAAGGGAGGGCACAAGCAACAUAACAGUUGAAGGAAAUUUCAACUAUCAGAUAGCCUAUCAUGCCCUCUGCCAUAAAACCUUUUGUAGCCAGGGAGGGAGGGAGAUGGUGUAUAUUUACUUGUCCAAAAAAAGAGGGUACAGUAUUAUUUUUCGGUCUCAAGUGCUGCAGUGCCUGCUAUUGUUGCACUACCAUGUUACUGAUUUUUUUUUUAAAUUGUGAGGCUUCAAAAGGUGAGGAAACUUAUUCAACAUGGACUUAUUUGUCUUAA